GAAAAUAAAUGGUUCUUACAAAAAUAUCGGUUCUUUGAAGAGGAAGAGAUAGGCAUUGAGAGGUCCGAUUUCAACACUUUCUCUCACUCACUCACCGGAAACAAUGGCGGUUGCUCAACUUUCUUCGUCUCUUUGUAUCUCCACCGCCGCUAGAAUCUCUGCUGUUUCUCAGUUUCCGUCAUCAACCGGUGUGCAGCGGAUUGGGACGAGUUUCAUCUGCGGUUCGCCCCUUGUAUGUAGAACUCCUCAUCAGAAGGUGCUAACGCGCAAGGCGACAUCGUUUUCGGUGGUAUGUGAGCAAAGUAGUAAGGGUGGAAGCGGCUUAGAUGUGUGGCUCGGUCGCGUAGCAAUGAUUGGGUUCGCGGUGGCUAUCAGUGUUGAAAUAUCAACAGGAAAGGGCCUUCUUGAGAAUUUUGGGUUGACGUCUCCAUUGCCGACAGUGGCGUUGGCGGUGACUGCACUUGUGGGUGUUCUUACGGCAGUUUUCAUCUUCCAGUCUGCCUCUGAUAAUUAGCAACACUGAUGCAUAAAUUGGUGCUUGUAAAGAUUGUGUAUUUAUUCGUAAAGAGUUGGUUCUUUCUUUCUUGUAUUUUAUUUGUUUUCUGUAACUUAACAUAAUAUUUCAUGGCAACAACAAGGUUAUGUGUCAAGGACCUAAUAUACAUACCACUGUUAACAUCUAAUGAUGAUUAUAACUAUUUUCCCUUCA